AUGGUCAACUUCACGAUCGAGGAGAUCCGUCAAUUGAUGGACAAGCCCACGAACGUGCGCAACAUGUCCGUCAUUGCGCACGUCGACCACGGCAAGUCCACUUUGACCGACUCUCUCCUGGCCAAGGCCGGUAUCAUCUCGUCCGGCAAGGCCGGCGAGGCUCGUGCGACAGAUACGCGAGCGGAUGAACAAGAACGUGGUAUCACCAUCAAGUCCACGGCUAUCUCCCUCUACGGCACCCUGCCCGACGAGGAGGAUCUUAAGGACGUUGUUGGCCAGGAGUCGCAGGGCAAGGACUUCUUGAUCAACCUGAUCGACUCGCCCGGUCACGUUGAUUUCUCCUCCGAAGUCACUGCUGCCCUCCGUGUUACGGAUGGUGCUCUUGUCGUCGUCGACACCGUCGAAGGUGUGUGCGUGCAGACCGAGACUGUGCUCCGUCAAGCUCUUGGUGAGCGCAUCAAGCCCGUCGUCAUCAUCAACAAGGUCGACCGUGCACUCCUCGAGCUCCAGGUCUCCAAGGAGGACUUGUACCAGUCGUUCUCGCGUACCAUCGAGUCCGUCAACGUCAUCAUCUCGACCUACUUCGACAAGGCUCUUGGUGAUGUCCAGGUCUACCCCUACAAGGGCACCGUUGCCUUCGGUUCCGGUCUCCACGGCUGGGCUUUCACCAUCCGCCAGUUCGCGACCCGGUACGCCAAGAAGUUCGGUGUUGACCGCAACAAGAUGAUGGAGCGUCUCUGGGGCGACAGCUUCUUCAACCCCGCCACCAAGAAAUGGUCCAAGAGCGGCACCCACGAGGGCAAGCAGCUUGACCGUGCUUUCUGCCAGUUUAUCCUGGACCCCAUCUUCAAGAUCUUCGCUGCGGUCAUGAACUUCAAGAAGGACGAGACUGCCUCCCUCUUGGAGAAGCUUGAGCUUAAGCUUUCUCCCGAGGACCGUGAGAAGGAGGGCAAGCAACUUCUCAAGGCUGUCAUGAAGACCUUCCUGCCAGCCGCUGACUGCCUGUUGGAGAUGAUGAUUCUCCACCUCCCCUCGCCCGUUACUGCCCAGAAGUACCGUGCCGAGACCCUCUACGAAGGCCCCCCCGAUGACGAGGCCUGCAUUGGCAUCCGCGACUGCAAUCCCAAGGGCCCUCUCAUGCUCUACGUCUCCAAGAUGGUACCGACCAACGACAAGGGCCGUUUCUACGCUUUCGGCCGUGUGUUCUCCGGUACCGUCCGCUCGGGUCUGAAGGUCCGCAUCCAGGGCCCCAACUACACCCCCGGGAAGAAGGACGACCUUUCCAUCAAGGCCAUUCAGCGUACCGUCCUGAUGAUGGGUGGCAAGGUCGAGCCCAUCGAUGACAUGCCUGCCGGUAACAUUGUCGGCCUGGUCGGUAUCGACCAGUUCCUGCUCAAGUCCGGUACCCUCACCACCAGCGAGACCGCCCACAACAUGAAGGUCAUGAAGUUCUCCGUCUCGCCCGUCGUGCAGCGCUCCGUCCAGGUCAAGAACGCACAGGAUCUUCCCAAGCUUGUCGAAGGUCUCAAGCGUCUGUCCAAGUCUGACCCCUGUGUCCUAACCAUGACCAACGAGUCUGGCGAGCACGUUGUUGCUGGUGCUGGUGAGCUCCACCUUGAAAUCUGCCUGAAGGAUCUCGAGGAGGACCACGCUGGUGUUCCCCUCAUCAUCUCAGACCCCGUCGUCCAAUACCGUGAGACCGUGAAUGGCACGUCGAGCAUGACUGCCCUGUCCAAGUCGCCCAACAAGCACAACCGUCUCUACAUGACUGCCGCGCCGCUCGGCGAGGAGGUCUCGCUGGCCAUUGAGAACGGCAAGAUCACCCCCCGCGACGAUUUCAAGGCCCGCGCUCGUAUCCUUGCCGACGACUUCGGCUGGGAUGUCACUGAUGCCCGCAAGAUCUGGGCGUUCGGUCCCGAUACCAACGGCGCCAACUUGCUCGUCGACCAGACCAAGGCCGUUCAAUUCCUCAACGAAAUCAAGGACUCUGUCGUCUCUGGUUUCCAGUGGGCCACCCGUGAGGGUCCCAUUGGUGAGGAGCCCAUGCGCAGCAUCCGCUUCAACAUCAUGGAUGUUACCCUGCACGCCGAUGCUAUCCACCGUGGUGGUGGCCAGGUCAUCCCCACUGCUCGCCGUGUCCUCUAUGCUGCUGCUCUCCUUGCCGAGCCCGCCCUUCUCGAGCCCGUCUUCCUUGUCGAAAUCCAGGUGCCUGAGCAGGCCAUGGGCGGUGUCUACGGUGUCCUCACCCGCCGGAGAGGCCACGUCUUCAACGAGGAGCAGCGCCCCGGUACUCCUCUCUUCACUAUCAAGGCCUACCUCCCCGUCAUCGAGUCCUUCGGUUUCAACGGCGAUCUUCGUCAGGGCACCUCGGGCCAGGCCUUCCCCCAAUCCGUCUUCGACCACUGGCAGGUUCUUCCUGGUGGUUCUCCUCUGGAUCCUACUUCCAAGGUUGGCCAGCUUGUGCAGGAGAUGCGCAAGCGCAAGGGUAUCAAGGUCGAGGUGCCGGGCUACGAAAACUACUACGACAAGCUUUAA